CAGUUACACAAAGAACAAAAAUGGACCCGGUCUUACUGUUAUGACAGAGCAAGCCAAAGUGGUAUCUCAACGUGGGGACAAUGUAACACUAUCAUGCAGAUUCCACAGGAACCCCACACUUGCUCCCAAUCCCAAACUUAGGAUCAAGUGGACAAAACUGACACUGGAUUAUCUAAAAGAGAUUGAUGUUUUUGUAGCUAUGGGUUUCCAUAAAAAAAGCUAUGGUAGUUUUUAUGGCCGUGUGCAUCUACAGGGUUCAGAUGAAAAUGAUGCUUCACUGGUCAUCAGUGACAUAACAUUAGAGGAUUAUGGGAGAUACAAGUGUGAGGUUAUUGAUGGCAUGGAGGAUGACACAGCAGUGGUCUCUCUCGAUCUGCAAGGUGUUGUUUUCCCAUAUUUUCUACGUUUUGGUCGCUACAACCUGAAUUUCCAAGAUGCUGAGAAGGCCUGUAAGGAUCAAGAUGCCAUUGUGGCAUCUUUCGACCAGCUGUAUGAUGCUUGGAGAGGUGGGUUAGACUGGUGCAAUGCUGGGUGGCUUAAUGAUGGAUCUGUCCAGUACCCAAUCGUCAAACCACGAGAACCUUGUGGGGGCAAGAACACUGUCCCUGGCCUAAGAAAUUACGGGGUCCGAGACAAGAAAAACAACACAUAUGAUGUCUUCUGCUUCACUUCAAAUUACAAAGGGCGUUUUUACUACCUAACACCUUCCAUAAAGAUGACAUAUGAUGAAGCAGUGCAGGCAUGUCACAAGGAUGGUGCCCAGAUUGCCAAAGUGGGCCAAAUGUAUGCAGCAUGGAAGCUUUUAGGCUAUGACCGUUGUGAUGCAGGCUGGCUGGCUGAUGGAAGUGUGCGCUACCCUAUUUCACGACCACGUCGCCGCUGUAGUCCCACAGAAGCUGCUGUGCGCCUUUCUGGGUUUCCAGACAGAAAGCAUAAACUCUAUGGUGCCUACUGCUUUAAGGAGUUCAACUAACAUAUGUUUACAUAACAUUUUCUGAGAAAGGAAGUAACACACAAGAAGCAAGUACAAGUAUGUUAAAACUGUGAGAACUUAAUACAAAUAUUUAACAGGAGGCUGAUAAUCCAAAAUGUAUUACGUAAUUUGACAGAAUAGACAGAUGAAAUCAAUACCAUAACAUUGUUAUUAAAAUGAGAAAAUUGAUAAAGUUA